ACAACUAGAAGUGCAGUUGCCCGCAGAUAAUUGAACACAAUGAAGAGGCACAUUAUUCCGCUUCUGCUCCUACUUGGCAUCCUCUGUGCAGCUCUAGUCGCUGGCCAUCCGCACGACCUUAUUGGAUCUACCGACGAUCCUAACUAUGAUGUCUUGGAGGAGUCUGGCAGCGGUUACAACAGUGCUGAAGAGUUCAUGAACGCCAUGGACGAGCUAAUCAGACGUUGGCAGGAGUCCGACGCAGCUCAAGAGAACUCAACCGACUACUCAAGUCUUGACUACGAUGAGACAACCUUGGAUUCAACAGAUUUUGUUACCGAACCGGUGACUUAGUACAAUAAAUUUUGUUUAAUAACUUAUUGAUUGCCUAAAAUAAUAAUUUAUCUGUCCCUAUUUCUUGUACAUUGAUGAAUACUAAAACAUUGUGAUAGCUAGUAAGUAUAUACAAUGUAAAUAUCUUUUAAGAAAAAGCCUUCAAAUAGUACAAUAUUAAAACAAUACUUUUUAACACAA